UGACGCGUAUAUCGAAGAUGGCGUGUGCCCGUUGUCCAACGUCAUGUUUUGAUGACGAAGUUGCGGGACGAAGAGAUAUCACCCGUCCCUCAACAGAUGGAAGCUCUAUAUCACAGUUUGCGGACGGAAAACAUACUGCAGUUUUGUUGAAAGGCAUUCCCGAAAACGUUCAUGAGGAAUACAUUGAAAUGUUCUUUGAGAACAAGAAGAACUUUACAGAUGUAAAGGUUUACUCCGUUUGUAUAGACAGGGACGAUAGAACAGCUAUAGUCAAGUUUAAGGACAAGCAAGCUGCCAAUGCCGUUUUGGAAAAAGAAUGUAUCAUCAUGAAGCGCGCAAGGGUUCAUAUAGAAUCGUAUCACCCCGAGCAACAAACACAAGAUGUAACACAGUCUGAAGACAAUAGGGAGCUGCCAAGAGUUGUUCUUAAAGAUUUGCCCGAUGAUGUAGACCAAGAUGAUAUAAAGAUGUUAUUAUGUAGCAAAAAACGUGCUAGAAAUAUUGAAGUGGUUGAAAUUGACUAUAAUAAAGUGGAUUCCCUGGCUGUUGUUACUCUUGGAAAUCAGGAGUCACUUGAGACUCUUCUUGCAAAGAGCCCAUUGACCAUAUUCGGGGAAAGUAUUCACGUUGUUUUACAGCCAUUAGAACAGCCUAAGAUUCGUGUGUCAAGACUGCCUGAAAAUGUCGAUUACGAGGACGUCGAGCUCUUUUUUGAAAAUGGACGAAGAUUUGGUGACAUAAAACCGUUGGAUAUUGAGUUCACAGAAGGAGAUCAUUCUGCUAUUUUAACAUAUGAUACAAAAACAAGUGUUACCUUUGUUGUCAAUCGAGGUCCAUUUAAAAUGCGUGGAAAACAAUUGAUGCUUAGAAAGUUGCCGAUAGAUAAAACAGUUGGUUCAGACAAAAUAAUAACUGGUAAUGAAAUUGAUACAUCUCCAACACAACUUCUUGUAGAGGAUAUUCCUAAUGAUGUUGACAAGGAAAUUAUAGAGAUGUUCUUUGAAUCAAAGACAUUAAAGUCAUGUGAGGUGAUUGACAUUGAUUUCGAUGAGAAAGAUAGAAAUGCUGUCGUUCGUUUUGCAAAACCAGAGGAUGCACAGGUGGUAUUGGAGUCGCGUCCACUUUGCCUAAGAAACCAGAAGCUGUCGAUUCAAAUCUACAUACCUAAGCCCCUGGACACGAUAAUGAUUAAAGGACCACCCGACGUUGUUAGUGAGAACUCUUUGGACAUGUUAGAGCUGUAUUUUGACAACGAGAACAGAUCUGGAGGUUGCGGUAUCGUAGAAAACAAAACUACAUUUGACUCUGAAAACAACAUUGCGUUUGUGACAUAUAAAGACGAAAGGGUUGCAGAGAGGGUUGUGUUGCGAAAAAACCAUUACCUUAGAAAGAGACAACUACAGGUCACACUGUUUAGGCCAAAACGAUCUACAAAAUGUCAAAAUCUAGCACGUAACACUCAAAAGAAACCGACUAAGACGAUACGAGUCCAUGGGAUGAAAAAGAUUAGGACCAGGGAAUCUGUGAACUGGUACUUUGAAAGCAAGAAGAUGGCUGGAGGUGGAGAUAUCGAAACGACAUACACAGAUGAGGAGGACGACGAUACAGUCUACAUUACAUUUAAUGAGGAAAGCGGUAAUACAAUGUCAUGCUUGUUUCUGAAGGAACAAUGUGAUUCAAAGAGCGAUAAAUCCUAUGACGUAUUCGCCCGUUUGAGUAAUGGGACGUAUUUAGUAAAUCAGCGACAUACAAACGUAACCCAUAUGACAAUUAUUUUAUUUUUUGCAGCUGCUAAAGCUGUAGCAGACCGUGAACACCACACUGUGAAUGGAGUUGACCUUACGGUAUCCCUAUACUCUCCGUCCGUUCAAACAACGCCUAGUUACAGGAACAAGAUCCUAAUCAAAGGGCUGAACGCAAAAAUAACAGAGAGCUUACUUGGACUAUUUUUAGAAGCUAAAGCUAACUAUACACUUGUAGAUGGGAGUCUAACCUACCACGCUGUCCGUAAUGAUGUUGCAUUAGUAACAACAGAACAAGAUAUAGAUUUCGAAACACUGAAACGGGUUUGCAGAGAUAAUCCACUGGAAGACUCAUACCUUGAUGUAUCUUAUGUUCCUAUAUCAAACUGCAUCCUCGUGUCAAACAUUUCCGAAAAUGCUACAAAAGACACGAUAGAGCUGUACUUAAUGAAAAUAAAAGGAGGAGCAAUGGUGGACCCGUUUGCAAAGUCAAGAUGUUCAAAACCCAAGGCUAUUGUUUGGUUUACUUCAAUGAUUACAAAAGUGUGGAUUCUGUUCUAAGUAAGGAGCAAAUGUUGGAUGGAAACAAAGUUGAAGUUAAAAGGUACAUCCAAUGUAUUGCAAGAGCAGAAGGAGACUCUGUUAAAAGACGUUUUCGAUUUUCUGAAUCCUUUACGAUUUCUGUCAGCAAAUCGAAGACAAAAUUUCUCAAAAACUCACAUAUGGCUAAAACUGCACUAAGAGAACAGAUGAACAUGUGUAAUGCAAGUCUAACCUGGUCUGAAGAAACCCCAUCGGUAGAACUAUCAUGUUCAUUAACGACUGAAGUCAGAGAUUGCAUUUUAUUGGCUUCAAAUUGGAAGGAGUGUGCAGAACAAAAUUUCAAUGAUUUUAUAGACAAAAUAUCCGAACAGGACAUGCCCGUUAUGCUAGAGCUCUGGGAGAAAGUCACACCAAAACUCUCUGAAGUGUCUCUAGAGCAACCUGAAGCGGCUGCCGUCUAUUUGUCGAAAGAAGCAGGUAAAAUAACCGUUGUUGGCAUGAAACAUGUUGCUGAUCCGCUCAUCAAAAGCAUUGGUGCCAUCAUUGACUUGGCUUCAGAUGAGUUUGCUAAAGAGAAAAUGUGGACAAGAGAAACUGUAACGAGUCUACAUCAAAUUCAAACAAGAAUGCUUCUUGCGGACAAAUUUCCGACAAAAAUGGAAGAAACUUUUCCUGACGUUAAAGUUAAAAUAAAUCAAGGAAAAAACGAAAUCAUUAUCGAAGGUAUUUGUCAAGAUGUGAAUACAGUGCUACUAAAAAUGUAUGAACAAAAAGAAAAAUUUUGCUCAGUAGAAUUUCAGUUCCAGAAACAAGUGCUUUGCCUAUACGACAUAAGCAACAAAACAGUGAAGGAGUAUAUCGUGAAAAAGAUGAAAAACAAUCGCAUCGUUGCAGUAUGGGAAAACACAGGAAGCAAAUUAAUCGUGAUGACUGCAAAUAAGGACACACUAGAUACAGCUGCAAAAGUUGUUCGAGAAUCCGUGCUGAGUAAAACUAUUCCAUUAUCCGAAGCAAAUAUGUCUGUAUUACAGACAGACAUUUGGGAGGAAAAACACAGAGAGUUGAAUUCAAAAUAUAGAGACAAAAUUUGUCUUGACACAACCUAUUUAGGCAAACUUGUUUUCGGGACCACAGAUGAUAUUGCGUACGAAGUCGAAAUUGCUAUUCAGUCAUUUCUAAGGACUCAUUCUAUCUUAAAGGAAACCAUUCAAGUCCCCAGAAAUGUUUAUAAGUUGAUGAAGCGUUAUCAUGAGAGUGAUAUUCAAAGAAUUGCAAGUUAUUUACACUCAGAGCAAGUUCGUAUAUUUUCAAAAGAUGAUGCACAUGCGUUUGAAAUAUUUGGUACAAAAGAUGGAAUGGAGCAGGCAAAGACUCAAGUUGAAGUUUUUUUGAGAAAGGUAAACAAAAUGAAGCACGAAGUCAGAAAACCAGGUCUUGGAGACUAUUUGCAAACUAAGAAGGGAAGUGAAAUUACGCGAUCUGUUGAAUCAGCGUUUCCAUGUGUUAUAUCCAUGAAUGAAGACAGUGAUGGUAAUCAUGACAUGGGAAGUGAAAACAUUUGUGUAAUUGCAAGCUGUACUGGUUAUGAAAAUCGAAGAAUGUUUGUUACCGUUGGUGAUAUGUCAGAAUUAAACGUCGACGUUAU